AUGGCAGCCUCUACGAUAACAGAGGAGGAAGUCGAAGCCUUCCUCAUUGAUCUUCGUACAGGAGAUGUCGACAAGAAGGUCAACCUCGUCACUCACUGGGGACUCAAGCUCGAGGGAGUCACCGAACUCCCCGAGCGAACAGUGGACGCCAUCACCUUGCUCGUUGGGCCGUUUGUACGCUCUUCCGCCCACCUACUCGUCUCCGCCACCUUGAACACCUUCCUCCCCCUCUUCCUGCCCCUCAUCCCAGUCACACCCGCGUUGCAUCUCAAACUCGCCUUGUCGCACAUGCUCCCUGGGCUUAUCGAGAAACUCAAUGACCCUAAAGAGCGACUGUCGGGCCCAGCUCGGGAAUGCCUCGGACUGCUGGGCGGCAAGGCGUACGGAAGUGAAUUCCUCACCGCUUCCCAGGCGGGGCCAAGCCGGGUCAAGGACAGGGAUGGCGUGGUGUCCCAGUGGGAAUUGGCGGUCAAGGACGCGCUGAGCGGCCGAGCUGCCCGCGCGAAGAUUGAGAUCCUCAAGCUUCUGCUGCAGAUGCGCAACGACCCCUCCAUGAAGCUGCCACUCAAGCCAUGGCUCGCUAGCCUCGUCAAUCUUCUUGAGGACAGCGACGGAGCCGUCCGAGACCAGGCGCGCGAGACUGUUGUCGCGCUUCUGUCACCUUCUACUACGCCCCCCGCGGCCCGCACCGAGUUCAAGAAGCUCAUGUUCGCUCGAAACGUCCGCAAAUCGAUUGCGGACGGAAUCCUCGCCCGCGUCCUUGGGGGGCCUAGCGUGCCACCCACACCUUCCGCUGUGAGGCAAGCACCGGCUGGGAGCUCAGAGUCAACGCGCGCCCCAACGCCAGCGAACGAGGAUGUCGAAAUUGUUUACAUCGCGGGCGCGCGUGAUCUCGAGCUCGAGUUCAAGGCGAUGAUCCCCCACUUUGCGGGCAAGGAGACGGAACAUAACUGGGGUCCGCGGGAGCGAGCCCUCGUUCGCAUCCGAGGAAUGCUGCGCGGCCAAGUGUUCGCGAAGCACCCCGAUGCGUUCGUUGCGGGCCUCAAGGGCGACAUCAUCGAUGGGGUGUCGAGGACUCUCACGACUUUGCGAACAACCCUAGCCCAGCAAUCUUGUGCUCUCGUUCAAGAGCUGGCGGAAACUCUGGGACCGUCGUUUGACCCGUCAGCGGAAGUCUUGCUGCCUACUCUCUGGAAGAUGGCAGGCUUGACGAAACGGAUGAUUGCCGAACGGUCUCAAGCGGGAGUGGCGGCCAUUAUCAAAUAUUCAACUGUCCAACCACGCAUCUUACUCUCCCACAUCAACGCUGCAAUCAGCGACAAGAGCGCCCAGACGCGCCAGUACGGCGUUGCCCAUCUCAGAACGUUCAUCGAGAGCCCGAGUGCGAAGAACAUCCUGCACGACGGGCUGCUCGACCAAGCGGAGCAGAUGGUGAAGCGGUGCUUGAGCGACAUCAACCCUGCCGUCCGCGAGCAAGGCCGCAUCACCUACUGGAGCUUGGAGCGUAUCUUCCCACAACCGGCGGCCAAGAUCAUGUCGAGUUUGGAUGGGUCAGCAAGGAAGCAACUUGAGCGGGCAAACCAACAACGACACGGUAACGGUGAUGGUGCCACACCGGCCGUGAGGCCGUCACCCAAACCUCGUGCGAGCUCGGCAAUGAGCGCGAUGAUAGCAGCUAAGCGAGUCCAGGCAGCUGCUGAGAGGGCGAGUGCAACAGCGACUCCGACUGCAGCGACGCUGUCCACGAACCUCUCUGAACAGCUGGCGACUCCACACGGGGGAAGGGACUCUCCUGUGGCCUCCCCUUCGCCGAAGCCGCACAGGGAGGCCUCGGGUUUACCUGCGACUCCAAUCUCACCCGAAGAACCCCGGACUGGGCCUUCCCAGCGAGCGCACGAGGCCGAUACCCCAGGCCAUACGCCGGCUGCUGCUACCGCUCCGCGUACGCCUGGCAGCCCUGCGACCUCAACUCGUCUGCCAAGGCCGGUUUCGUCCAGGGCAUCACACGCUCCGUCGCCUCCCUCACCAAUCUCACCCGUCUCAUCUGCGCAUACCGUCUCCAAACAAGCGCCCAGCCUGAAGCGCAUCGCUCGAUUGUCGAGAGAGAUCAAGCCACCUUCCGUUGACGGUCGGCAGUCUGACACACACAGCCUCCUCGAGUUUGACGAUGACGAUGCGCUCAUCGCGACCGCGCCUAUGACCCCCGCCCGUGGCUUACCAGGAAACAACAUGCCAACCAUGACGCCUGCACGCGGACUCUUAAAUGGGCUGGGUCGGAGAGAGUGGGAGGACUCGCCCAUGUCCAUUACUCCGAAACUCAUUCACAAGCUGGAACACAGCGGGUACGAGCGUAGCUGGUGGACGGCGAGACGUAAGCUGCUAGAAGAGGCGGCGGCUGUCAACUCUGUCAAGAGCGACGAUAUUGAAGCCGAUGUUGCAUCUUUGGAUCAGCCGACGGCAAAGAGUUUGAAGCGUAUUGCGCACUUCUCGGCUCAAAACUCCGUCGCUGAGGACGGCGAGGAGCAGGACGGCCGUAGGUCCGAGAUCUGGGCAGAGAACCGGCUCUUUGACCGUGUCUUGGACGGCCUUCUAGCGGCUCUUGAUCCCAAGCAGCCUGCCGCAAUCCUCGAGCAGGCUCUUGUGACCCUGUGGGAGCUGGUGCAGAACCAGUGGUCGCUGUUUGAGGCACAGUCGCGCGAGGAUACCCUCCUCGACCGUCUCUUUGACCUGCGCAUCAGCACCGAUCACACAGUCCUCGAAUCCACCAAUGCGAUGAUCUCGUUGCUUGUAGAGGUGUGCAACCCACCCUUCCUUCUCUCGCAGCUUGAGGCCGCUCUCAAGCGGUUCAUGACUGCGCACCAAGGCGAGGUUGACUCUUCGGAGUGGGCUCGCGUGCGGACUGCUGGCUACACGUACGCUAUGAACGCAAUGGGUAUGUGCAUACUCAAGCUGCCAAAGGAAGCGGUCGAGGGUGAAGCCAAGCGGCGCAGUCACUUGGUUGUAGAGUCGCUUUCUCCUGAGCUUGCGGUGUCUUCGCGGCAGGCGGGCAACCGUGUCAUCCUGGCGGUGCAGUGUAUGCUUCAGGACGACUCGCGCACGCUGGACAUAUUCCCCGACCUCACCUCGACGCAGCGGGACUUCGCGACGUACCAGAUGUCGCAAUCUGACCUGUUGACCAAGGCCACAGAGGAGGAGGAGGCGGUGUCCCGCCGCCAGUCACUCCACAACCAGCUUGUGGACGGACUGGCCAAGGGUUCACGUACUCGAUAG